GGCGGGGCGCCGAGGAAGUGAAGUAGGCGGGGGCGAGGCGGCUGGGGACUGCGGUACGGACGCAGGCGAGCAUGUCCGCCCUGACUCGACUGGCGUCUUUCGCUUGCGUUGGAGGCCGCCUUUUCAGAAGCGGUCGCGCACGGACUGCUGGAGAUGGUGGAGUCCGUCAUGCCGGUGGGGGUGUGCACAUUGAGCCCCGGUAUAGACAGUUCCCCCAGCUGACCAGAUCCCAGGUGUUCCAGGGCGAGUUCUUAAGUGGAUUCAUGUGGUUCUGGAUCCUCUGGCGCUUUUGGCAUGACUCAGAAGAGGUGCUGGGUCACUUUCCGUAUCCUGAUCCUUUCCAGUGGACAGAUGAAGAACUAGGUAUCCCUCCUGAUGAUGCAGACUGAAGAUGUAGAAUCAGACUCACUCUGGACAAAGCUAGCAACAUGGACCACAGAUACACUGGUGACUCCGCUCUCCUCUGGCCAAGCCGCAAAUCAUCGCCUGGGACAGACAUGCUACAACCCUCCUCUGGGGUUCAUCUACCAAUGGGCAUCAGUAAUCCAUCCCGGUACAACAUUUCAAGGAUGCGCUGGAGACAAUACAUGGACUUCCUCUUUCAAUGGUGAGGAAUGAAACAAGAUACAAGAACCACACCAUGGAAUAUGUUUUCUUUUACAUCCAACGGCCAGGUCAUAACAGGACGCCUUGAGACCUCCACCCUGGCCCCGAUAGUGCUUUGGGACAGGAUGACUAACACAGUCCAGCUUCAUGUGCAAGCAAGUCCUGGGAAGAAAUUUACAUUUCAAACUCUGAAAAAUCAGUGUCUAGGUUGGCAGCAGUACUCUGGAAACUGAUAAAACCAAAUUCGGUCCUGUAUUUCAAUUUCCCCUUCUAAGUUAAUACACGAUUGCUGCCCAUCAUACAGUACUUCAACCCCAAACUACAGCAAUUUCUUGACAUUUCUGUCAACAUUUCUGUUGUAUAAAAGUUCCAUGCUUUGAAGAGCUUAUGGGAGUAGAAAAAGUUUCUCUAGAAAUGUCACUGAACUAUAUUUUCAACCUAGUUGCUCUAUGUGAUAAAUAUAUCUGACUAUACUAGGGAUUAUGUGCUUUAAAAAAAUAAUUUUGUUCACUGAAAAUUUACCUGUGUGUUUUCUCAUUGUUAAAUGUGAUUUUGGCUAUAAACUCUUUAGUGCAUUUACCUAUGCAGUCUAAAUUGCACUCUAAAAAUUAUUAACACAGCUGAGUUAAACCAGAGUGGCUGCUCUCUUCACAAAUCACUGAUUUCUGCUAAAAUUUUAGCUUUUUUAUUGCAUCAUGAAGGCACAGUAAGAUCAUUUGGCAAAUUGUCAAGGUAUUUUUCUAGAGCCUCACCUACACCAUUUCGACACAUGACCUGUAAGCUAUUUGCUCUUCAUACUCACAGUAAACCUUCCAUCUCUGGCUAUGAUGUUUAUAGCCUAAUGGUUGGAAUCUGCUAGUCUCAAGGUGCUGGUAUUCUAGCACUAACAAUGCCAACUUGGACAAAGAAGAGAAUCUUGCAAAGAGAGUAACAUUCUACCCUCUCAGCUGGGCAGUCUCUAUGAAUGCCUGUGCAUGUGACAAAGCUGCAGCAAGCUCAUUAUGAGGACGUACUGUCUUGCCAAACCUACUGAAAAUUAAAAUUACAUCACUGUUAGUGAAGUGAUACCACAGCUAUUUAAUUUCAUGCAACUGACUCAAGGUUAAGAUUCUGAAACGUACCCCUAAACCGGUUCUGGCACCACUUUCAACAACAUUCAGAUAUUCUGAGCAACACAUUUUUUUACAGUAUUACUGCUUAAAUGUAUAAUGCCCUUUAGGACAAAAUGAGAGUGCUCAAAUACAAGUACACAAAAAAGUUAAAAUCUUAAAUCAUCGUCAUGUUCUACAGCUCCUGACUUUUCAUAUUUUAAAAUAAAUAACUAUUCAUUACCUCAUUCUGAGGAGGUAGUUUUUGAAGAGGUCACCUGAACCCUGCAAUGUGGUUUCAAACUAAAGCUAGAGAUGAGGUUUGCAAGCGGCUGGCAGGUGGAUAUACAGUGGGGACAGGUGAGAUCUGAGGAGGGUGUGCAGCAGCUCGCACUCCACCUGAUGAAUACAAGGUAACAUCCUGCGAUGAAAGUGCUGUCACUGCACCAAACCAGAAGCUAGGAAAUAUUUACAAAGUUUCAGGUUGACAGUGCUGCAGUCUUGAAUUGUUUUUUUAUAUACUGCUCUUUCUUCUCCAACACCAACAUAAAUAUAGCAUAUAUCAUUUGUAUGGGAUUUUAACUUCCAGAAUGCCCCAGUAUGCCCUACUAGAUCCCAAAUACAGUCCGAGGUGGGAUAUUCAGGAACCAGAAUGUGACAGCUAGACACAAUCUUCUUUUAAGGUGCACAUUAACAACAAAUGAUCACAUUGAAUUUUCUAUUCACAAAUCCCUUUUAUAAACUACUUUUUUUGGUCAAUAUUAUUUCAGUGGCAAAAGUCUAGGUCCUAGACUCUAACGAUGAAAAAAGUCCAUCAGGAAUACUACACAGUUACAAACAGUCCUUUUUAGUUGCUCUCAAAUUUUUCAGAAGGCUUUACCUCUCCCUACCAAAAAUAAAACACACUACAGAAGGCACUGCAGCCACUUUACAGACCAGACUGUUACACCCUUACAAGAUGAUCAGUGACGCAGCCACAUACUGUCUAUACAAUUACUCAUAAAGUGCUUUUCACAAAUAAGGACUUCUUCCUCAUUUUUAGGAGCUCAGUAAGUCUAUCUGUUGUCUAGGCAUCAAAAAAUAAAGCAGAUAAAACACAAAUAAAA